CCGAGAUCCAACUUCCGCGUCGCUCGCACCUCCUUUCCCUGCGGUACCUCCCGGGCCGCGUGGAGCGGGUUCCUGCGGCUGCCGGGUGGACGCCGAGCCCAGGACCAUGAGCGUGGGCUUCAUUGGCGCGGGCCAGCUGGCCAGCGCCCUGGCGCGGGGCUUCACGGCCGCAGGCGUCCUGUCGGCUCACAAGAUCAUAGCCAGCUCCCCGGAAAUGGACCUGCCCACCGUGUGCGCGCUCAGGAAGUUGGGGGUGAACCUGACCCGGAGCAACAAGGAGGUGGUGAGGCACAGCGACGUCCUGUUCCUGGCCGUGAAGCCGCACAUCAUCCCCUUCAUCCUGGACGAGAUUGGGGCUGACGUCCAGGCCAGGCACAUCGUGGUGUCCUGUGCAGCCGGUGUCACCAUCAGCUCUGUGGAGAAGAAGCUGCUGGCAUUCCAGCCAGCCCCCAAGGUGAUCCGCUGCAUGACCAACACCCCCGUGGUGGUGCGGGAGGGGGCCACGGUGUACGCCACAGGCACCCACGCCCUGGUGGAGGACGGGCAGCUGCUGGAGCAGCUCAUGGCCAGUGUGGGCUUCUGCACCGAGGUGGAGGAGGACCUGAUCGACGCCGUCACCGGGCUCAGCGGCAGCGGGCCUGCCUAUGCGUUCAUGGCCCUGGACGCGCUGGCCGACGGCGGGGUGAAGAUGGGCCUGCCGCGGCGCCUGGCAGUCCGGCUGGGGGCCCAGGCCUUGCUGGGGGCUGCCAAGAUGCUGCUGGACUCAGAGCAGCACCCAAGCCAGCUCAAGGACAACGUCUGCUCCCCCGGGGGGGCCACCAUCCACGCCCUGCACUUCCUAGAGAGCGGGGGCUUCCGCUCCCUGCUCAUCAAUGCCGUCGAGGCCUCCUGCAUCCGCACACGAGAGCUGCAGUCCAUGGCUGACCAAGAAAAGGUCUCCCCAGCUGCCCUCAAGAAGACCCUCCUGGACAGAGUGAAGCUGGAGUCCCCCACCGUGUCCACGCUGACCCACUGCAACUCAAAGAAGCUCCUCACCAGAAACUCGGCCUCGGAAGGCAAGAAGGACUAAGGCAGCCUGCUGGCCUCUGGGACUGGAGCCCUCACCUGCGGGGCUGUGCAGGGCGAGAGCAGGCUCAGGCAGCCGUCAGACCCUGGUUAUAAACCCUCCUUCAGUCUGUUGGGGCCAGGCAGCCCUAGUUGUCCCUCUGUCCCAGCUUAGAAGACGCUCGGAAGAGGCGGUUGAUGCUAGAAGCCACAGGGAGCUCUGCCCACCGCCCGCUGUCAGCCCCAGCUCGGGCGGCAGGGUCUGGGGGGACCUUCAGUGCUGGUUCUCCGACCGCAGCCCACAGCCCACAGCCCACAGCAGGGUCCGCUGAUGCCACGUCAAGGGCAUGAGGGGACAAAACGACGAGGGCACUUCCCUUGGAACCGAGAGCGAGUGGCUUAGAAUGGCCACAGUCCACGUGCACGAAGGGCGACUGGGCCGUGUUUCACUUUGCUUCACAGCCGCACCAGUGAGAGUUGUUGCUUUUGCUAAGUUUAGCUGCUUUAAUAAAGUUUUAUUUUUUAUUACCC